UCAAGUUGUCGAAAGCUGUGAGACGCAAUUUGCAUUAAAUUCAAAAUGUCCAAAAAUUCGUUGUCGUUGGUGUUUUUGAUAGGCUAUUUGCUAUGUGACUUUGUGGUUUCACAACAACUACAGCAAUACAAUAUCGAUCCUAACUCGGUUACGGUAUCGGGCUUAUCAGCCGGAGGUGCGAUGGCUAUGCAGUUUCAUUUUGCACAUUCGUCUGAAGUUCACGGAGCAGGAAUAUUUGCUGGAAUUGCUUACUUAUGUGCGAGUAGUGGUCUCAUAGCAGCAAAUAUGUGUAUGAUAAGUCCACUCAUUACGAACGUAAACAACCUUAUCGCACAAGCAAAUAAUUUGGCUGGUAGUAGUCAGAUUGAUCCCGUUGGUCAUAUUAGUGGUGACAGAGUCUUCAUUUUUCAUGGUGUCAUGGACUUCACUGUUGUUCCAGGAGCUGGCAGACACGUAGAGACCAUGUACAACCACUUUGGAGCCCAAAUUAGUUCACAGUUCUCUCUUCCAUCAGGACAUGGUUUUCCAACACACAACUUCGGUGGAGCAUGUGGAUCCACAGCUUCACCAUUCAUCAACAACUGCAAUUUCCGAGGAGCUUACGAAAUGUUAAAUUUCUUGUAUGGUGGUGGAUUAACACUACCCGCUGACACUGCUGGUGUUGUGGGCAAUCUUCUCAAUUAUGACCAAUUAGAGUUUGUGGCCGGAACACCAAAUCUUUCUAGUAUGAAUGCUCAAGGUUUCGUCUACGUACCAACUGCCUGUCAACAAGGUGCUUCCUGCAGACUUCACAUUUCCUUCCACGGAUGUCUGCAGGCUAGACAAAAUGUUGGUAAUGCUUAUGCUGCAAAUGCCGGUUUCAUGCAAGUUGCUGAAGUUAACAACAUAAUUGUGCUAUUCCCACAAGUCAGUUCGAUAGUUCUCACAAAUCCAAAUGCGUGCUUCGACUGGUGGGGAUAUUUGAAUUCCAAUUUCGCAACGAGAAAUGGUGCCCAAAUUGCAGCCACUUACCGCAUGAUGAACCGACUGAUCAGAGGAUAGGAUCUUCAAAUAUUUUAGAAAAGUUUGGUUUCAUAACAAUAAAGCAUCCUUAAAAGUC